UAUAGUCUUCGAAGAACCUUCGUUGAAGCAAGUUCAAUAUGAAUUCAAUUGCAAUUCUUUUCGCUGCCAUCGUCGCUUGCGCGUGCGCUCAAGUGUCGAUGCCCCCGCAAUACGCUCAGAUAUAUCCAGAAUAUUACAAGUACUCCAAACAAGUCCGCCAUCCCAGAGACGUGACCUGGGACAAGCAAGUCGGCAACAAUGGGAAGGUCUUCGGAACUCUGGGACAGAAUGACCAGGGUCUUUUCGGUAAAGGAGGCUAUCAACACCAAUUCUUCGAUGAUCACCGCGGCAAACUGACAGGACAGGGUUACGGGUCCAGGGUCCUCGGACCUUACGGAGACAGCACCAACUUCGGCGGCCGGCUUGACUGGGCCAACAAGAAUGCUAACGCUGCUCUUGAUGUGACCAAGAGCAUUGGCGGUAGGACUGGGCUGACUGCCAGUGGAUCAGGCGUGUGGCAACUUGGGAAGAACACGGAUUUAUCUGCGGGAGGCACUCUGUCUCAGACGCUUGGACAUGGGAAGCCUGAUGUCGGCUUCCAAGGUCUCUUCCAGCAUAGAUGGUGAAGUUUGUUAAGUUAUUAAAUUAUUUUUUUAUUAA